CAGGUGCGCGCUCAUUUUGGAGAAGUUCCACCGAAGUUGAGGGUCUACUAGAGCCGCUACCUCCUGGAAUUGAGCGGAUUGAACUUCUAAACUUUAAACACCGAGGAUCUUUUGUCCUGUUCGAGGGGUUUCCGUCCUCCCGACACGCGUCAACUCCGCUGCGCGCAGGACUCGGGUUCGAAACUAGGGACUUUCGUUGAAAGAUCUCGCACGGCUGCUGACUCCUCGGGUCUUCCGGCGUCCUCUGUGUCGGAUUGCUGUUUCUCAUCCUCUGUGUGAAGAGCACCAUGAAGUCCCUGGUUCUGCUCGCCCUGUGGCUGUGCGCGUUCGUGGUGGGCGCGUGGGCUCAGUGCCAGUGCCCAUACCUCAAGUGGGCCACUUGUGAUGGGACCCCCUGUCAGUGCUCAGUGUCUGUUGGAAAUGGGGAAAAACAGGUUCUCAACUGCUCUACCUUGGUGCCCAAGUGCUUCCUGAUGAAGGCGGAGAUGUACCGUGCCAGGAAGGGUUUGUCAACCCGCACAGGUGGUAAGCCCACCGAGCACGCCUUCGUGGACAACGACGGCAUCUACGACCCGGAGUGCGAGAUUGACGGCCGCUUCAAAGCCAAGCAGUGCAACAACACAAAUGAGUGCUGGUGUGUGAAUAGUGCUGGUGUACGGCGCACAGACAAGGGUGACAAAGAUGGCAUUUCCUGCAGUGAACUGGUGGAGACACACUGGAUUCGCUUGGAGCUGAAGCACAAAGAGACUCAAGCAAAACUUGAUGCUACUCAGCUGAAGGCGGCCUUGGGAGCUGCCAUGGAGUCUCGCUACAAUCUCAGUGCCAGCUACAUGAACAAUUCUGAGUAUGACCCUCAGGCACGUGUCGUUGUGGUGGAUGUGGUGAAACCAGUUGGUAACAGAAAUGUUGACCUGUCACGCAUGGCCUACUACAUGGAGAAGGAUGUCAAGGUGCUUCCACUCUUUGAAGGUGAGAAGAAGUUCCAGCCCACAGUUGGUGGUCAGCAGCUGGACUUUGAGAACAUUGUGGUAUACUAUGUGGAUGAGAAACCCCCUACCUUCACCAUGAAGAGACUGACAGGUGGAAUAAUUGCAGUCAUCGUUGUAGUUGUGCUUGCUGUUGUUGCUGGGCUACUCAUUCUGUUCUUUGCCAGGAGGAGGGAACGUGCCCGGUAUGAGAAGACGCAGCCUAGGGAGAUGGAUGAGAUGCAGCAGUCUCUAUCCUAACUUGAGGAGGUGAUGGCCUGCAUUUCAGGAGCUGAAUGAUGGGCUGUUCUGGAACAUUCCUUGUGCCUUAACCUUCAAACUUGAAAGGCUUGUCUUGGAUGUGAUUCCCCCCCACCCUUGCAACCCAGUGUUGGCACUGGGUUUUUCCCCUAAAGCAUUUGGUUUCUUGAAGACUUGUAUAAUGUAAAACUAGCUGAAGGGCAGGUCUGACCCUGACCUUUUUAAACUUUACAAGCUUUUUAAAAAUUUUGUAUAUAGAUAAAGUGGUAUGCCUUUAUGUAAUAAAACAUUGGUUAAAUAAC